AUGGCCCGUGUGGCAAGGGCUAAAUUAGCCGUUCCAGCUGGACCGAUACAAAAUGUCGCUAGCGGCACGUUCCUUGACCUUUUCACGGGAACCAGUAUGCCAGGUAUACAAGUGCAAGGAUGGGCGCGUAGUGCUUCAGAGAGCCAAGACUGGUUCCUGCGCCGCGUCAGCCGCUCCGACGUGGAGAUCCGCGAGAUUCUAGCGAGAGAUACGCACAAUGCGGCGAACUUUCAGGGAUUCAGACAGGAUUUGUUGUAUCUUGUACUCCCCAAAAGUGUUCGGGAUGCGAUAUAUGUCAAGUCGGGGCUGAAGAAUAUGAAAGAUCGUGGUCAACUCUUUGAUAGCGAUGAUUAUGCAUUUUUCCUCAAAGUUGAAGUCGCCAAAUGGGGUGUUAACACUCUCCUAGCAGACGACUUUGGCAUCCUUUGGGGAGUGAUGUUCGGUCAAAAGGGAAACCAUGGUCUUGCGUACAACUUUUACCUCAAUGAGAACCUCGACAAUAUCAUGUUUUUCGAUCCGUAUACCGGAGAUGAGAAGGUGGAUAUGGAGUAUAAGGCCUAUCUGGCAGUGUACUAG